AUGGGCCGGACUGGUGGAGAAAAAUUCCCUUGCUCGCCUCCUCCUCUUCCGAAGUUGCGAUCCGCUCCUCUCCGUUGCUCGAGGCCCCGCGUUCAUGGAGGACACCGCGUGCACGUGGAUCGCUCCGUGGGGGCAUGCGGCGUCUGUGAUGAUAUAAACUGGAUCCCGUUUCUCUACCUGCUUGGGCAGGUGACCCAAUGCUUCAGAACGAACUCACUGACCACCGUGCGCCGUCGAGGAGAGGGAGCACCCAGGCAUUCUCCGCGGCGAAUUAAGAUUUUGAGGAAGGACUUGAAAUGGUGCCCUAUUUUUGGCAACCUAAAACCUGUGCUGCUCAAUGAAUGGUGCUUAACUGAUAACUUCACUGGACUAGUUUUGUUUCUUGAGCCCUCACCGAUUCUAGAAAAGCUUACCCUUCAACUUCACUAUGACAAGGAUUUUGAGAGUGGAUCAAGUGAAAGCUACAACCCAAUGGAAUCUUUCUUGCUGUCAAAGCAUCUCAAGGUAGUUGAAAUCCAUUGUAGCAAGGAGGAUGAAAGGAUUUCUCAAAUUGUGAAGAUCCUUGGUAUUCAUGGAGUAACUCCUGUGCAAAUUAGCAUCCAACAUGAUUCUUGGCAUUCGUCCUGGUUCAGUUUCGAGCAGCGGAAGUAGAUCAGAUGGUCUACCGUUCCUGGUUGUUCAAACUUCCAUGUCCCUGAAUUAGUCGCAGGGUUCAGCUUCCUUCCGAGGUUGCUGUGUUUUGUCUACCUGGAUCGUGCGCCUGUCUCUGCUCCGUUCAUGUGAAGUGUGAACUCCCGUCGAGAUGCAAUGCUGCACUGUUGCCCAUUUGCUGAACCCAUUGACAGGCCUCAACAGGUUUACCUUUUGAAGACCUAUGAUCUAUUUAUACGUUUCAGGAGCAACCUGUGUAUCUAGCUUAACUUAUGUAAUGUGGCACCCGUUCUGCUAUAUCAGGUUUGGUCGGCUGCAUGAAACCUGACUGAGAUUGAUGUGAAUGCCAUUAGCUAUAUAAGUAGUUCAACACUUCCAUUUGUGACCAUUAUAAUACCAA